UCAGAUAAAAGAUGCCCGAAACAGUGGCGGCAACGCCGCCGACUGUCACCACGUCAUCGAGCGAAGAUCGCCCUCUGGCGUUAUCGCGUCGCGAUUUCCCCCUCCCCUCCCCCGGAAGCAGCACAGGCCGGUCGCCAUCUGGUGGACGUUACGACAACUCUGCCGCCCAGCAGCAGCUGUCAUAUCAUCAUCAAAUCCCACCUUUACAAAGCGCAAUGAGUCAUCACAGGGAAAGCUCAGCUUUCGUUCCGGUGGUACCAUCUCGAAACGUGCACAUGUUGUACCCGGGAGAAAUCCAUCCUCUCUUGGGUCAGGAACUGAUGCGGGAAAAUAGAGAUCGCAGCGAGGGCAAAGGAGGCGAUGGUGCCAGCACUUCUGGGCAAAGCUUCAGCAGAAAGUCCUCCUCUAGCGGUUUCGACCUGAUGGCGAUGAUGGCCGACAAACGCAAAGAGCUGCAGCUUCGAGAGGAAGCAGCUUGCGUAGCUGCCGCUCAUGCAGCUGCCCUGAUGCUGCCCCACAGACCUGGGCCCCCGCCCGCCAUGUUGGACGCGCAAGCCGGAUCACAGGCUCACUCGUACUCCGGUUUCCUCCCCGGUUCUCCAGCGAACCCCGCGGCUUCCUUUACGUUCCCAGCCGGCGCGGCAGGGGCACUGUUCCCCGCCGGACCCCCCCAAAUGCACGCACAUCUCGACAGGCGUCUGCUAAGGGCCCCGGGACGCGCGUCGCGCCCCAAGAAGCAGUUCAUUUGCAAAUUCUGCAACCGGCAGUUCACCAAGAGCUACAACCUGUUGAUACACGAGAGGACGCACACCGACGAGAGACCGUACUCGUGCGAUAUUUGCGGGAAGGCGUUCAGGAGGCAGGACCAUCUCAGGGACCAUCGGUAA